CCCAUUGUCACUAGCUAUUAAAGCCAUCUCAUCCUUCCACCCCCUGCGUAGUUGCACUAUUCCAUUCCUCCUCUCUCCGUACUCCCUUAGCUUUCCUGCUCCCUCCUUCAAUGCGGUCGCAGUCCAAGCCCCCUCCCUAACGCGUAGCUCAACACGUCGCGCUUCCCUGAUGCCACUCCACGUCCACCACCUCCUGCUCCUCCUGCUCCUCUCCACCUCACUUCCCGCCUCUGUCACCUCCUCGUCCCCUCCUUGCGCCGGCCGCGACGACGCGGCCAUCAUCGCCGCCGCGUUCCGGUACGUGCGCAACUUCCGGGCAUCGAGCGUCCCGGCAUGCCAGCCGGUCCGGGAGUUGCGCCUGCCGUCGCGGAACCUCACGGGCGCCGUGUCGUGGGUGGCCCUCGCCAACCUGUCCGCGCUCGCCGCGCUCGACCUCUCCGGGAACGCGCUCCAGGGCGCCAUCCCGGGUGGGUUCUGGCGCGCGCCGUCGCUGCGCGCCGUGGACAUCUCCCACAACCAGCUCGGCGGCGCGCUCCGGGUGGAGCGGAACCCGCGGCUCGAGUCUCUCAACGUGUCCGGCAACCGUUUCACUGGCGUCGCGGGUGUGGAAGGGCUCAUGGGGCUUGCCACGCUCGAUGUGUCGGCGAACAGGAUCCGGGCGGUGCCGCAGGGGCUGCGGCGGCUGACGCGAGUGAGACGGCUCGACCUCUCUGGGAACGCGAUGCAGGGGAGUUUCCCCGGCGACUUGCCGCCGCUCGGUGGGGUGCGCUUCUUGAACGUCUCGUACAACAAGUUCUCCGGCGUGGUGGACGGCAGUACUGUCAAGAAAUUCGACCGCUCAGCGUUCGUGCACGCCGGGAAUGCGUCGCUGGUGUUCUUGGAGGGCUCGACAGCGCCGCGGCGGCGGCCAUCGCAACCUUCUCAUGGAAAAAUUAGAAAGAAGGAUUCAGGGAGUUCGGAAAGGAAAACGACGUGGAGGAGCAAGAGGAGGAAGCAUUUGAGCGUUGUGGCGGUGGCGGUGAUGUGCGGGGUGGUGUCCCUGGCCAUGCUGCUCUGCUUGGUCGGAUGCGUGGCAUGCGGUAGGUGCAGGAAGAAUGGAGGAAAGGGCGACGAGGAGAAGAAGCCGCAAUGGGGUGAGAAGAGCGACGAGGAGGAGGUUGUGGUGAUCGCGGCGGCUAAGGGUGCCUCGGCGGCGCCGGUGGUGCUGUUCGAGCGUCCGCUGAUGGAGCUCACGCUGGCUGACCUGGCCGCGGCCACGUCUGGGUUUGGGCGCGAGUCGCAGCUCGCGGAGCGCGGCGGCCGCAGCGGCGCCGCGUACCGCGCCGUGCUCCCAGGGGACUUGCAUGUCGUCGUGCGCGUCGCGGAGUGUCCCAUGGCCGGGCUCGGCGAGGACGACAACCCAGCGGCCGCCGCCACUGCGUUCCGGGAUCUCGCGCGGCUCCGGCACCCAAACAUUCUUCCGCUACUUGGCUACUGCAUUGCAGGCAAGGAGAAGCUCCUACUGUACGAAUAUAUGGAGAAAGGCGAUCUCCACCGGUGGCUACAUGAGCUGCCAGCGGGGCGGCCCGACAUGGAUGACACCGGCAGCGGUGACAUCUGGGAGGUGGCGGAGAACAAGCGGUCCAUAUCGGACUGGCCGACCCGGCACCGUAUUGCGCUAGGGAUCGCCCGGGGGCUCGCAUUCCUGCACCAGGGGUGGGCUGGGUCGGGGCGGGCUGUCGUCCACGGCCACCUGGUCCCGACCAACAUCCUCCUCGGCGACGAGUUGGAGCCUCGAAUAUCCGACUUCGGGCACCCCAGCGGCGAGUCAACCCCUGAGGGCGACGUGUACAGCUUUGGCGUCCUGGUGCUGGAGCUCGUGACUGGACAGGCCAGGUGGGACGAGCCAUCGGUGAGCUGGGCGCGGGGGAUCAUCCGUGACGGGAAGGGGCUGGACAUUGUGGAUCCAAGAAUACGCGACGAGGCGGCAGCCGGGCUGGAGAUGGAGCGGGAGAUGGUGGAGUGCCUGAGGGUGGGGUACCUCUGCACGGCGCACUCGCCGGACAAGAGGCCGACGAUGCAGCAGGUAGUGGGGGUGCUCAAGGACAUCCGGGCUGCACCUGCCACGGCCAGCCAGACAGCGUGAAGUGUGAGCCACGGUCGGUCGGAGUCGGCCACAUGCGCCGUGUCCGUUGCCAGCCAAGUGGGGCCCGCCCUCGGAUUGAGGAGACGAUGCUAAUCGUCGCAAGCAGCCUUUUCUGAUGAUGCGUAGACCUCGUAGUGUGUACGAUGUGAAUGUAAUAGUUUUCCUCUCCGGUAACAGUUGGGUUCAGAAACCUUUUUUGACAUGUUGCUUGGGGCCUUUAGUUAUUAAAUCGCAAGCUGCUGAGUGGCUGCACUGCAGCUCAGCUAGCUGCUGCAUAGAACGUGUACAGAAAUGAGUACCCACCAUUCGCUGCUGUACGAAGCACACAGGACCAACCGAUUUGGGCUUUAGCCACCA